AUGGAUGCUUGUGCAGCUACGCAUUAUCUGUUCUACUACGAUCCUACUGCUCUGCUGCGUGCUGUUUUGGUAAUGGAGUGCAGACUCCGCCGCAACUCGUGGCCGGAUGAAGAGGAAUCCUGGUCCAGCUACGAUUACGUCCAGGAUGACUGGGAAUACAAGGCCAGAAACACCGGACGCUCCGAACAGAAUGCCGUACGCGAGUCCCCGCUUCACCAAGAACCACUCGUUGAGCAUGAACAAGAAUGGCGUAUAGCAUAUGACCCAUCCACAGCCGUACAAGAAGCCCUGGCAGAGCUGCAGAUGCCAAGUUCGGCUUGCAAACGAAGCGCCAAUGAGGCCGAUCAGGCACAGCAGCCAUCCCGCGAAACACAUUGCUCGGCGGUGUUGUGGCCAUCGCAACGCAAUAGCGUUCGUGACUGGCAUACCGAGGUAGCUUAUGCCAGUUGCCAAUGUGCCUAUAGUGGCUAUGUCGUCGCUAUCCUUGAACAGUUCAUGUGCGGAGUAGUAUCGCUGGAAGACGCCAAAGGCAAGUGGAAACCCCCAAAUCAUUGCCUCAACAAGCCAGCAUCCUGCCAAAAACGUCCACGCUUUGCGGCCGCCGUCAACCGGCGGCAGCUCAGUGGAGGAAGUGCUGGAUGCAUCGUUCGAGAUCAAAUGUCCCAAUUCGGACGAAGCGGUUGUGUCCGUAGACAGCCGGUCUGUCAGUGCUUGCAGCGCGAUGCUGUCGCGGCGCCCGGUGGAACAUGCUGCUUCAUGAUUGAUUCCUAG